AUGGCGAAAGACCGAAGUGACAAGGAAAGAAAGAAGGAGAAGAAGGAGAAGAAGCGUUCCGAGGUAGACGGCAUCCAUAAGAAGUCGAAGAAGGAUAAGGACAAGAAGAAAACCACCGUUGUUGCCGAAGCUAUCGAGAAGGACUUGGCUGAGAAGGCGCUGCCACUGUCCAAUUCCGUCGAGGAUGUUCAGAUGGAGGUAGACGAGCAACCGAAGGACGGGAAACGUCCCGUUGGAUCGCUUGUGCCUUUCGCAAACCCGUUGGCGGACGAUAAGGCUGCGAAGAAGGUACUGAAGGGCGUCAAGAAAGCUGCUGUGAACAAAUCUUUAAAACGAGGUGUCAAGGAAGUAGUCAAAGCCGUUCGGAAAUCGCCCAUGGCCGCCGCGAAUGUCAGUAUUACGUCGCCAAUUGGCAUCGUUGUCCUCGCAGCCGAUAUUUCCCCAAUGGACGUAAUAUCGCACAUUCCUGUCCUGUGCGAAGAUCAUGGGAUCCCCUACGUAUACGUCACGUCUCGAGCUGAAUUGGGAAGCGCCGGAGCGACAAAGAGACCAACCAGUGUUGUUAUGCUUCUUCCGCAACCCGGCGGUAAGAAGAAGAAGGAAACAUCUAAAGACGACGCUGAGAAGCAAGAGGAGUACUCCAAAGUUUACGAAGAAUUAACGAAGCUCGUCCAGAAGGAGACUAGCAAGGUCAAAGUAUAG